AUGGCUAGCCCACGCUCGCGCCUUCCUCCGCUGCACACUCGAAACAUUAGUACUGUCACCGUCGAAUCCGACAGUUCAGAUACAUCUGCCAACCCUUGCGACGAUGACGAUACCGACUACUUCAUGGCUCACGCCAACGACUCUCAGUCAUCGUUAGGCGCAGUAACAGUCGUUCGCGAUUGUGAUCAACAAGUCGACCUCGAGCAGAAGCACCGCAUGACACCUAUUGCCAAAUUGCCUCCCGAGAUCCUCAUGGCUAUAUUCGCAAGACUCACGACGACGUCCGAUCUCCGAAAUUGCAUGCUUGUCUCGUAUCACUGGGCUUUAUACGCGGUUGGAAUACUAUGGCAUCGUCCACUAUGCAACAAGUGGUCGAAUCUGCAGACUGUCACGCGGUCUCUGCAGGCAGGCGAAAGAUCAUAUUUCCCAUACCACGAAAUGGUCAAGAGACUGAAUUUGUCAGCGAUAUUCGACAAGUUGAGCGACGGGUCCGUCACGUCGUUCAUGACCUGCAAGGGCAUAGAGCGGUUGACGUUGACAAAUUGCUCGAAGCUGACUGAUUUUGGGGUGUCUGGACUGGUGGAUGGAUGCCGGAAACUGCAGGCUCUGGAUGUUACCGACCUCGAGGCCCUCACCGACGCGACUCUGUCUGUUGUGGCAGACAACUGCACUAAGCUACAAGGUCUGAAUGUAACAAACUGCUCCAACAUCACCGACGAGUCGCUAGCCCAGAUUGCAGAUCGAUGCCGCCAUCUCAAGCGCCUCAAGCUCAAUGGAGUCAACAAGAUUACAGACGCGUCUGUCGUUCAAGUGGCAAAGAAUUGCCGGUCCAUCCUCGAAAUCGAUCUUGCGCAGUGUACUUCAAUCAGCUCCGCUUCUGUCACGGCUCUGCUGUCCAAUCUGGCGCAGUUGAGGGAACUCCGACUGGCUCACUGUUCAGAGAUAACGGAUUCAGCAUUCGUCAACCUCAAUCCUGCGCUGUCCUUUGAUGCUCUUCGGAUACUGGACCUUACAGCUUGCGAGCAGGUACGAGACGAUGCUAUUGCUCGAAUCAUUCCGGCUGCCCCUCGACUGAGAAACCUGGUACUGGCCAAGUGUCGACAUAUUACCGACCGAGCAGUAGCCUCAAUCUGCAAGUUGACCAAAAACUUGCACUACAUUCAUCUCGGUCACUGCAUCAACCUGACGGACGCUGCUGUCAUUCAGCUAGUCAAGGCUUGCAACCGCAUAAGAUACAUUGACUUGGCCUGUUGCUCGCGAUUAACGGAUGCUAGUGUCCGACAUCUAGCACAACUUCCCAAAUUGCGGCGAAUUGGAUUGGUGAAAUGUCAGAACUUGACUGACACCAGUAUCAUCGCGCUCGCCAACGGUCCAUACAUGUACGGACCUGCUACGAGGAAGAACGAUAUACCAUCCCAGUUCGUCUCGUUAGAGAGAGUGCAUCUCAGCUACUGCGUGAACCUGACCCUCAAGGGCAUCACUGCACUUCUUCACAACUGUCCUAGGUUGACACAUCUCUCGCUCACAGGUGUACAGGCCUUCUUACGAGAGGACUUGACCAGAUUCUGUCGCGAUGCGCCGGCCGAGUUCACGCAUCCCCAGCGAGAUGUGUUCUGUGUUUUCUCGGGUGAUGGUGUCCAGCGCCUGCGCGAUUACCUGAUGCGAAUGGCUAUGGAACAAGCCGAUCGUGAAGGCCGAGAUCCAAUCGAUGAUAGUCUAUUGGACGGUGUUGAGAGCCCUGGCGUUGACACAAUGUCUGACGAUGGCACGAUCGAUGGCAACGACCAGGGUAUGGACCUGUCUCUGCCUCCCAGGAGGAUCUCUCCUUUCAUCAAUAACCCUCGACUGAGGGUGCGGCCUCGAAGUCUACACGAGUUGCCAAGCUAUCACGUUGAGAUGCCACUCUUCAGCAAUGAUCAGAUUCAGCGAUAUGGUCAAUGGACUCCGAAUGAGGGACCAUCCAUUCUAGGGCCUGCCUCGCAGCCGGUCCUCGGCACCCAGCCGAUUGAUGUCCCGCCAUACUCUCGUCGAUCACGAAGUCCAGCCGUUCCAGGUUUGACAGAAAUGCCACCCGGCCCUGAUCAAGACAUUCUCGAUUCCGCUCGAACGCCAUCACGUCGGCAUACGCUGGUCGAAUCUUCUCAUGGCUACUUCGGUCAUCAGCCUCCGGCACCGACGAUGUUUCCGCCGCAGACUGCCUUUGAACGGUUUGCAGACGUUGUCAGACCUCAGCGACGUCAGCAACCCCAAUUUGUGGUGGAUGGGCCGGGGCCGGUACCUCCGCAUCACGGUGCUCAUCUAUACGACCUGGGCAUGCGAAGUGCUCAGGACAUCCGGCAAACAUACCUUCGACCAGACCAUGACUUCAGUGCAUUCGAUGCCAAUCAUGAAGCUAUCAUGUCGACGAUUCCAGCCAGUCGCUCGGCAAGCCGGCACCCUUCUCGAUCGAACAGUCCGCAUCUGUCAAACCCAUCUCGAGUCAGCAGUAGAUCGCGCUUGAGCAACAUCUUGUCCAGCAUAAGAACGAAUCCUUUCUCGGGCGCGGAGGGACGAGGACCAUUCGGGAGUCGAAGCUUGUCGAGAUCACGACGAGAAGAGGAAGAGCAUCGGCAGAGAAUGCUGCACGCUCUAGCUGAGGCGGAUGCUGCUCAGCAGCUUCGGCCUGAUGUACGUCGUGCGGAAUCGAGUCGCACUGUGGAACUACCAUACUUGGUGGGCGAGCAAAUCGAGCGUGUUGCUUCUGCUCCUGCACCUCCACCACGAAUGCAGGCACCGGGCCCGGGGAGCGGCAAUAGGACCUCGCCCCCGCCACAAGCUAGUUCCGAAGCCAGCGAACCAAACGAACCGAACGAUGUGACGAUGACGCAGUAG